AUGUCGUACGGUGGUGGCUAUGGCGGUAGCCGUGGUGGUGGUGGAGGAGGGGGAGGAUACUCAAAUGGUGGAACCAACGGUUACUCUGGAGGUGGCAGCAACGGCUACUCAAACGGCUUCUCAAACGGAGGCGGUUACGGUGGAUCGACCAACGGUUACAGCGGAGGAGGAGGCUACGGAGGAGGAGGAGCAAGCUUUGGAGGUGCAGGUGGCGACAAGAUGUCGAAUCUAGGCGCCAAUCUGAAGAUUCAGUCAUUCGAUCUAUCCACAAUGCCAAAGUUCGAAAAGUCUUUUUACAAGGAGGAUUCCGAGGUUUCUGCUCGCUCUGAACGCGAAGUCGCAGACUUCCGCAAGCUCAAGGAGAUCACUAUCCAAGGCAACAAUGUACCCCGACCUGUCCACACUUUCGACGAGGCUGGUUUCCCCAAAUAUGUCAUGGAUGAGGUAAAAGCUCAAGGUUUUGCUGCACCCACAGCCAUCCAGUCUCAAGGCUGGCCUAUGGCGCUCUCUGGACGUGAUGUGGUUGGAAUCGCAGAGACUGGAUCAGGGAAGACUCUGACAUACUGCCUGCCUGGAAUAGUUCACAUCAAUGCUCAGCCUCUCCUCGCUCCCGGUGAUGGACCCAUCGUACUGGUUUUGGCACCUACCCGUGAGCUAGCUGUGCAGAUCCAACAGGAGAUGACCAAAUUCGGCAAAUCCUCCCGUAUCCGCAACACCUGUGUCUAUGGCGGUGUCCCCAAAGGUGGCCAAAUUCGGGACCUCGCCAAAGGCGUCGAAGUCUGCAUAGCUACACCCGGUCGUCUUAUCGACAUGCUGGAAUCUGGAAAGACUAAUCUUCGUCGUGUCACUUAUCUUGUCCUCGAUGAAGCUGACCGCAUGUUAGACAUGGGUUUCGAGCCACAGAUCCGGAAAAUCAUCGGCCAGAUUCGUCCGGACCGUCAGACAUGCAUGUGGUCUGCAACAUGGCCUAAGGACGUCCGUCAACUGGCCUCGGACUACCUCCAAGAUUACAUUCAGGUCAAUAUUGGAUCCAUGGAUCUUUCAGCUAAUCAUCGUAUCACCCAAAUCGUUGAAAUUGUUUCUGAAUUCGACAAACGUGACAAGAUGACCAAGCAUCUUGAGCGUAUCAUGGAAGACCGAGAUUCCAAGAUCUUGCUCUUUACAGGUACUAAGCGUGUAGCAGACGAGAUAACUAGGUUUCUGCGACAAGACGGAUGGCCAGCGCUGUCAAUCCACGGCGACAAGCAGCAGAACGAGCGCGACUGGGUCCUGAAUGAGUUCAAAACGGGGAAGAGCCCCAUCAUGGUUGCCACUGAUGUGGCUUCACGUGGUAUUGAUGUCAAGAACAUUACUCAUGUCUUCAACUAUGACUACCCCAACAACUCGGAAGAUUACGUUCACCGUAUUGGGCGUACUGGUCGCGCUGGAUCGAAGGGUACUGCCAUUACAUUAUUCACAACUGAGAACUCCAAGCAGGCACGCGAUCUAGUAGCUGUUCUCACAGAAUCCAAGCAGCAAAUUGAUCCUCGUCUCCACGAGAUGGCUCGCUACGGUGGUGGCGGAGGGGGUGGUCGUUAUGGUCGUGGUGGAGGUCGCGGAGGUGGACGUGGAGGUUUCACGAGCUCGAACGCUGCACCUAUGGGUGGAGGUCGACGCUGGUAA